GUUUUCGGGAUAAAAAAAAAAAACAAAAAUCCCCUUCGCCGAUCAGCCCAGCAACUGCACCGCCGUCACAACCCCGCCGCUUGCUUCACCCGUCCGCGGCUGCAACACGUUCCCGUCAUCAUCGUCGUCGACGUCGUCUACGAAUUACGAUCACCAUCGCCGCAGGAGAAACCCACACACCAGCCGCAGAAAAACAUAAUAGAAUAAUAAUAUUUUAAUAAUAAAAUAUAUUAUUAUCAACUACACACGCGCGUAAUAUUUAUAUUAUAUUCUACGGCGUUUAGACUCUUCUCCUUUUUCUCCCGCGCCUCCGUAUCCUCCGUCUUCUCACUUUUUACAGUGACUCCGUUUGCCACUCCCUCAUUCUCUCACACACUCGCUCACCCGUCAACGUGCGUACUCUGGGCAGCGUCUUUGGGGUGUGGAGGGGGCGGACGGCCGUGGCCUCAACAUCCGAAGGUGUGUGCGCGCGCCGCGCACGUGUGUGUGCUCCUCUUCUUCGUCAGGCGUAGUCACUGGGGGCGCACUCGCGCACAGUACACAGCCGGCGGACCGCGGGUGGCUGAAGCAGAGUGGCUAUGGACACCGCGAAAGGGGUAGUGGCUGCUGCUGCUGAUAACGUAACCGUAGUGCUAUUGCUGCUGCUGUCCGUCGUGCUCCUGAUACUGGCGGUCAAGUCGGCUAGUGGCCGCGGGCCCUGGACAUCACGCCGUCGACCAGGCAAAUCCACAGCCGCCGUCGCCCUCACCGCCGUGCCAGACGGCCCAACGGCGUACCCGGUCAUAGGGGCGCUGCACGCCAUGGACGGACACCGGGACAAACCUUUCCAUCGGUUCACCGAGCUGUCCCACAAGUACGGGCCUGUAUUCUCCAUGACCAUGGGAUCGAUGCCGUGCGUGAUCGUCAACGAUUUCGAUUCCAUCAAGGAAGUCCUCAUCACCAAUGGUUCUAAGUUUGGCGGCCGGCCUGACUUUAGCCGGUACAAUGUGCUGUUCGCCGGAGACCGAAACAAUUCUCUGGCUCUAUGUGAUUGGUCAUGGCUUCAAGAGACCAGGCGGAAGAUAGCUCGGAAGUAUUGUUCCCCGAAAGUGUGUUCAUCCAACUAUGGUCUUCUGGACUCUAUUUCGUCCGAUGAGCUAGACGUGUUUUUGGAGUCGUUGGCCGCAGUCACCAUCCGGGGUUUCGAGUGCGAGGUACAAUUGAAGAAGCAGUUGUUGAUGGCCUGCGCCAACAUGUUCAUCCGGUUCAUGUGUUCGACGCAAUUCGAGUACGGCGACCCCAAGUUCCAGAACAUGGUCCGGACGUUUGACGAGAUAUUCUGGGAUAUCAACCAAGGUUACGCCGUGGACUUUUUGCCGUGGUUGAAGCCGUUUUACGCAGGUCACAUGCGAAAGCUGUCCAAGUGGUCGACGCAAAUCAGACGGUUCAUAAUGGACACGGUCGUGUCGAAGAGGAUCAGUUACGCAAAGGCCGCGGCGUUAGGCAGCCCCGGUGACUACAAUGACUACGCUGCCGACGACGUCGACGAGCAGGAACCUAUAGACUUCACAGACGCCUUGCUCAUGAGCCUGCGCAAGGAGCCUGGGCUCAAAAUGAACCACGUGCUAUUCGAAUUGGAAGAUUUUAUCGGCGGUCAUUCGGCCGUCGGCAACAUGAUCAUGCUCGCACUGUCUAUGGUGGCUACCAGACCUCACGUGGCCCAAGCAAUCCGGGAUGAAGCCGAACAAGUCACCGGCGGACAACGUUUGGUCCGCCUUUACGACAAGCCGGACAUGCCGUACACCGAAGCAACUCUGUUCGAGACUUUGCGCUUCAUUUCGUCACCCAUCGUCCCCCACGUGGCGACCGAGGAUACUACCAUCAAAGGAUUCAAAAUAUCGAAAGGCACGUGUAUCAUUAUAAACAAUUACGAAAUCAACACUAGUCCUGCGUACUGGGACAACCCGGAAGUGUUCGAUCCCAAUCGUUUCGUACACCGCGAGUCCGGCACAAAACCGUGCAUCCGGAAACCGGAAUACUUUCUACCGUUUAGCACUGGAAAAAGGACAUGCAUUGGACAACAAUUGGUUUCCGGGUUCGGAUUCGUACUGCUCGCCGGAAUACUUCAGAGGUACGAGGUAAAGGCCACUGCUCAAUUGGCGAUACCCGAGGCGCGUCUGGCUCUACCACCCGACACAUACCCUCUGAUAUUGAAACCUCUCGACGGAUCUCGAUAGAAUCGGAUGUCGAAUAUAAAUAUGCAAAAUAUAUUAUACAAUCUCAUCGACAUCAGACUAAAAUGGCAAUCAUUAUCGUUGUACAUUAAACUAGAUAAUUAUUAUUCAUAGGUAACUACACAAACACAAAUAAUGUAUUUCAUAAGUAUCGAAUCACAAGACUGUUUGAUUUACAAUUUAUUCGUAUGUAAGAACAUAACAUCAUUUUAACCAGUGUCUACGCCGUUAUUCGAUUGAAUAGCGUAUUAUUAGGUAUUUUUUUUCAAAUAGACUGAAAGACACUGUUUGAGAUACAUUUAGUAUCGGUCCGAAAAUUGUAUUGUACUGUAAUAUAAUAUACAAAAAAAAUUAUAAGCAUUUAU